GCGGACACCUUUUUCUGGUACAGACGAUGCCUUACUAACAGUAGUAAUUAAAAGAAAAUGGUGGGAGAAACUGGGUUUCCAAGAAGAACAGGGAGAGACUCAGGAGUCAAAGAGAGAGUGAAAAUGGAAACCAAAGAAAUUAUGAACAUGAAAGAGAAUCAAGAGAUAGAAGAAGAUGAAGAGAAGAUUUGCAGGAUUUGUCAUAGCCCUGGUGAUUCUGAAAACCCACUUCAAUACCCUUGUGCUUGUUCUGGGAGUAUGAAAUUUGUUCAUCCAGAAUGUCUCCUCCAGUGGAUGAAGCAACGCGUCACUUUUGAAUGCGAGGUGUGUAAACAUAAAUUUUCUGUAUGUCGUGUUUAUGCUGAGAAUACUCCAACAAGGCUACCUCUCAGAGAGUUUGUGGGCGGGAUUGCAAUGAAAGCAUGCCAUGUUCUGCACAUCUGUGUGAUGUUUUUGGUUUCAGUUUUUUACCUACUCUUUAUGGUACCCUUGCUCAUAAUUUGGAUAUGCCGUUUGUAUUUUGUGAGGAGCCUUUCUGAAGUAUAUGAAUUAUUAGUUCAUAGUCAUAUGUCUCCUUCAACACUUAUGAUGGACUGGUUAUAUGGAAUUGGUUUUCUAUUAGUUGAGAUGAUGGUAAUGGUAUUGUGUGGCUAUACUUUGCAUCUGGUAUUCACCUAUGAUGUUCCUCUACGAAGGAUUUGUAUAAACCUAGCCACCAAUCUGAGAAAUUUUCUGAUUACCCUUGGUGUGCUGAUAUUCGUGCCGUUCUCGUUGGGACGAAUUGUACUGCAUUGUCUUUCCUGGUUUUUCUUCGCAGCUUUGUCAAUAUUCAUGCCAUUUACAAAGUCGGCAGUUAAUAUAGAGAACAACUCACUGAAGAAUGCAUUACAUGCCUUUACAAAUGUAACGACCGAAAUUCAGAAUGAUGGCCUGCUUUUAUGUGUUGUAGAAGUGGUUGCUGAAAGCUUGGCUGCAAACAGUAUUGGACAAGGAGGAACCUCAAGUAGUGUUGGCAAGCCGCGUUUAGUGAAUCGAAGCCCAUUCCUAUACAAUGUUGUUACUCUUGCUACUGGGUAUAUGGUCGUUGCGCCUUUGGUCUUCGUUUUCUUCGAUAUCCCUAUUAGAACUGUUGCAUCACAAAUACGUUACUAUCUGAAGAAAUUCCUGACAACGAUGAAUUAUUCAUUCUUUCUGUUAAUUCAUCUUGGGGUUCUUCCUUUGGUAUAUGGUUGGUGGUUGGAUAUAUGUACCAUUGCGAUGUUUGGGAAGUCAAUUUCUGAUAGGGUAGAAUUCUUCUCAAAAUUCCCUUUAGUAAGUUCUUCAAUGCAUUGGACGACAGGAAUCAUAUACAUGUCUCAAAUACGCAUUUCUAUGAGCCUUCUUCAAAGGGCUUUGCAUAAAGAAGUUCAAUACUUAUUUCAGGAUUUAGCAGAUCCAAUCUCCAAGAUUUUACAUGUAGUUACCGAUGAUGUGCAAGUGCAAGCUAGACAAUUUCUGUUCUCUAUUGCCGUUAAUGGCAUUUUGAUAGUAUCUCUAAUAUAUUUACCAGUUGUACUAGCCAUGCAACUAACACCAACUAUCUUCCCUCUGCAUAUUUUUGCAUCUGACCCAUUCACCAAGAUUCCUGUAGUCAUGCUUGUGCUCCAGUUAUGCUUACCUUACACAAUUGAACUGAGGGAAACAGUUGCAGCUCUUCUCCAUCAAUGGGUUACUUCAGUUUGCUGUGUUCUUGGCUUAAGUGGUUUCUUGUGUUCCAGACCUGAGGACAUUGGUAGGAAGGAGAAUGUGGAAGUGGAAAGGCAGCAAGACAGACAGCAUAGCAUGAUGGACUCAUUGCUGCUCAAGAUCCAAACAAAAAUAUUUUUACCUCACAGAAUUUUGAUGGGCAUGCUUUUGAAUUUCGUGUUGUGUUGUUGGUUGUUCUGGCGUGGAUAACGUUGCUUCUCCUCAGUACAUCUUUGAUAAUUGUAUGCCUACCACUAGGACGUGUAUUGUUCAGUUCCAUUUCUAAUCUCCCAAUAACUCAUGGCAUCAAGUGCAACGAUAUCUAUGCCUUCUUUAUUGGAAAUUUUUCCAUCUGGACUUCUUUCACUGGAGAGCAGGGAAAGCACAUUUGCGGUUCAGCCAUAUCUGCAAGUUGUUAUGCAUUAUCGUUGAGAGUUGUGUUCUAUUAUCACUUUGGAUCAUUGUUAUUCCAGUGUUAAUCGGGCUUCUAUUUGAGCUUUCUGUUAUGGUGCCAAUUCCAGCAUUGGUGGUUGAAGCCCCGGUUUUACUCUUGCGUCAGGAUUGGGUUGUGGGAUUCCUCUUCUUUAAGCUGUGGAGGACACUGGUUUUACUGAACCAUAGGAUUGUUCUGAUGGACGAAAGUUGGCGGUUUAAGUUUGAGAGGGUGAGAGAGAAUGAUUUCUUGAAGCUUCCAAGGCGUUGGAUGCUGCAGGAAAUAUUGAUUCCAAUCGUUAUGAAUCUGUUACUGUCUCUCUGCCUUCUCUACGUUUUGACAAGAUGGAUAGUUCCCUUGCUUUGGUUUUUGCUAACAGUAAAUUCAACUGUUUAUCGGUUUACUUGGGUAGCCUGUGUGACCAUAGUUGUACUGUUUUCCUGUGCCCAAAGAUUUAAUGGUUGGAUCACCAAGCUUCACAAUUCUAUCAGAGAUGACCGUUAUUCUGGUUUGGGGCUGCAAAAUUUUGGUGAAGCAGCAACGGAGAGCGAAAAUGAGAUUGGGAGAUGGCUAGCAGAGUCUCAUGGACUCUAAUGUCAUCAGGGAAGUACUGUAAAAAUCAAAGGUGAGCUGUUUAGCUGUUUUGUUCUUUUGUUUUCUUGUAGGGAAAGUUCUUUUGUCAAUUGCCUACCACUGUGAAAUAAGCUCCACAGUGUUGCUUGUAAAUAUUCAGAAGAGGGGCUUUGCCUUAUGACAUAUUGAUAUUGUCAGAACUAGUUUUAGUUCUCAUUUCGAAGUCUUGCUUAGAACAUAUAGUCGUCCGAGAGUACUGGGAAAAAGAAUAUAGUUGUAUUGGAACUGUGAAAAUUUUGAAAAUAUGACAUAUUGAUAUUGUCA